AUGGCCAGCGGGUGGCACGGGCGGUCCGUGGCGACGAAUUCCCUGACGCGCCUGCCGCAGGGCAUCUGCUGCGGGAUCUGCGGUCUGACGGAACCGACGGACGGCGACGGCCCCUUUGGGGCCCAGUGGGCGCUCAUGGCGCAGCACGUCAUGGAGCAGCACUGCACGGCGUGCUGCGUCUGCCGCAAGCCGGCGACGGGGCUCAUCGAGCUGCGCACGGGCGGCCUCGCGCCCUGGGUGCGCCGGUCGCGCGCGCCGUCCGCGCUCCACGCGCUGCGCGCGCGGCGCCGCGUCGCCGCGCGCGACCGCGACCGCCAGCGCGCCGCGCCGCCGCGGUCGCCCCUCGGCGCCGAUCCGGCGCCCGUCCUCGCCGGGCUCCCGGACCCGCCGCGGGCGCCGGGCGCCGGCGUGGGCCUCGCGGCGCUCGCCGGGCCCGGCGCCGCCGGCGCCGCGCGCGCGCCCGCGGCCGCCGCCGAGGCGCGCGCGUCCGCGCUGGAGCACCCCCUCGCGGCGCCCGCGAACGGCACCGGCGCCGCGCGGCUCCGCCGCGCGGCGCCGCCCGCGGGCGGCCGCGAGUGGGGGGGGCGCGGCGCGCUCCAGCGCGCUGGCCCGCUCGGCGCGGGCGGCGCGGCCCGGGGCUGCGCGCACUGCGCCUGCGAGAGCUGCGCCCUCGACGUCGCCGCGGCGGCCUUCGAGUCCGGCGCGGCGGACGUCGCGUGCCCCGCGCCCGAGUGCGCCGCGCGCCUCGACGUCGCCGCGCUCGCGAGCGUGCUCGACCCGGCGCGGGCCGAGGCCUGCAAGUCGCGGCCGACCUUCGAGUGCGUCGCCUGCGGCGACGUGCUGGCCGCGCGCGACAAGAUCGCGCUCCACCGCCAGCUGCCGUACCACGCCCUGGCGAUGGCCUACGCGGAGCCGCCGCGGCCGCCGCCGCCGCCGCGCCGCGGCGGCGCGGCGCCGGCGGCGCCGUCGGCCUGCGACCUCUGCGCGCCCUGCGCGGCGCGCUGGCUCGCGAUCCAGAGCCGCGACGGCGCCAUCUACGCGCGGUGCCCGACGCCGACGUGCCGCACGCCGCUGCCCCGCGAGACGCUCGAGCUGCUGCUCGCGCCCGAGGCCUACGAGAAGCACCUGAGCCGCGCGCGCCAGAGCUUCGAGGAGCGGCUCCGCGAGCUCCAGGCCGCGGGCGGGCCCGGCGGCGCCGCGGGCGACGAGGACGGCACCCUCGCGUUCCUGGCCUGGGCGGGCGACAGCACGCGCGCGUGCCCGGAGUGCCGCGUGCUCAUCUACCGCUCCGAGCCGGGCCGAACUCCAAUCUUCCACCCGACUUGA